AAGUAAAAACAAAAACUUUUUUGCAGUAGCGAACGUUGCGUAGAGUGGAACGCACGUACGGAUCAAAUUCGUAACAGUUUGGACCUAAAAGGCCACGCACUGCUCCGGUGCGUCGUCGUCGUCUCGGCGGCGUCGCCCAGCAGAAGAAACCACCGUCACGUCUCUGCUUCGGAUGAUGGCCGCUGUGCUGAUUCGACACCUAACCUGUCGAUCGUGUCUCUUUCUACUAGCUUGUCUGUCUGUCGUCCUUGUACUCUCUUCGUUUUCUCUCUCUUGAGAGCUUGUACUGUACGCUUGUUUACGAAUCAGAGAUCGAGACCAGGCAGCCAUCUCGUUCAUUUGCAAACCUAACUAUAACUACCAGAUCAAAUCCAUACGGAAACUCACGGUCACGACAUAUAUAAAGUAUGCCACACACACUCGUGUCGCCCAGUAGAAGAAAGAACCAAGCACACGCGACGCGCGCUGUGCCUUCUCUCUCGCUGCUGCCGAGCUCCAGACUCCAAGGCAAAGCCUACAAACACAUGGAGCCGUCGUCAGCGGCGGCACGGUUGCUUCUGCUGGUGGCCGUGGCGGCGGUGGCCGCGGCCAGUGGCGCCACCACGGGCGCGCUGGCCGCGACGCCGUCGCCCCGCCCCAACCCCAAGCUCAGGGGCCUGCGCGUGCGCCUGACGCACGUGGACGCGCACGGCAACUACUCGAGGCUGCAGCUGCUGCAGCGGGCGGCGCGCCGGAGCCACCACCGCAUGUCGCGGCUCGUGGCGCGGGCCACCGGCGCGGCGUCGACCAGCAGCAGCAAGGCGGCCGCCGCCGGGGACGGGUCAGGAGGAAAGGACCUCCAGGUGCCUGUCCACGCGGGCAACGGCGAGUUCCUCAUGGACCUGUCGGUCGGCACGCCCGCGCUGCCGUACGCGGCCAUCGUGGACACGGGCAGCGACCUGGUGUGGACGCAGUGCAAGCCGUGCGUGGAGUGCUUCAACCAGACCACGCCCGUGUUCGACCCGGCCGCGUCCUCCACCUACGCCGCGCUGCCGUGCUCCAGCGCCUUGUGCGCCGACCUGCCCACCUCCACCUGCGCGUCCUCGUCCUCGUCGUCGUCCGCGUCCAGCCCGUGCGGCUACACCUACACCUACGGCGACGCCUCGUCGACGCAGGGCGUGCUGGCCACCGAGACCUUCACGCUGGCGAGGCAGAAGGUCCCGGGCGUCGCGUUCGGCUGCGGGGACACCAACGAGGGCGACGGCUUCACGCAGGGCGCCGGGCUCGUGGGGCUCGGCCGCGGGCCGCUCUCGCUCGUGUCCCAGCUCGGCAUCGACCGCUUCUCCUACUGCCUCACCUCCCUCGACGACGCCGCCGGCCGCAGCCCGCUCCUCCUGGGCUCCGCCGCCGGCAUCUCGGCGAGCGCCGCCACCGCGCCCGCGCAGACCACCCCGCUGGUGAAGAACCCGAGCCAGCCGUCCUUCUACUACGUGUCCCUCACGGGGCUCACCGUCGGCUCCACCAGGCUCGCGCUCCCGAGCUCGGCCUUCGCGAUCCAGGACGACGGCACGGGCGGCGUCAUCGUCGACUCCGGCACCUCCAUCACGUACCUGGAGCUGCGCGCCUACCGCGCGCUGCGGAAGGCGUUCGUGGCGCACAUGUCGCUGCCCACGGUGGACGCCUCCGAGAUCGGGCUGGACCUCUGCUUCCAGGGCCCCGCCGGGGCCGUCGACCAGGACGUGCAGGUGCAGGUGCCCAAGCUGGUGCUCCACUUCGACGGCGGCGCCGACCUCGACCUCCCCGCCGAGAACUACAUGGUGCUCGACUCCGCCUCCGGCGCGCUCUGCCUCACGGUCAUGGCGUCGCGGGGCCUCUCCAUUAUCGGCAACUUCCAGCAGCAGAACUUCCAGUUCGUGUACGACGUCGCCGGGGACACGCUCUCGUUCGCGCCCGCGGAGUGCAACAAGUUGUGACGUGUGCCGCGCCGUGCCGGGUGUACGUGUAUGCGUGUAGGCGAAGGCGAUUCGUAUUGGAUUGGAUGGGCCGGUUGGGUCUUCAUGUGACGACGCCCGGGUGGUUACCGGUCAGCGAUCAAUAUGUUGACGUGCGGAGUAUAUAUCAUGUUCAUCGUCACGCGCUGUUUUUUCAUCUUCUUUUACUGCUGGAACAAUGGUGUCCUCGCUUUAUGAUUUGGUUUGCGUCUCUUGGGCGGAGGCGGAGACCCAUUUGGUCAAUGUGAUGGCCUCAAAUUGACUUGCGAAAUCCCUGCCUUGCCAGAUAUGAGAUAUCUAUCUGCUUUGACUUUCUU